GUCAAAUUUGUCAAAUGUAAGCAAAGCACAUUGGGGUUAUUGUUCGUUUUUUAGCUAAUUUUAACGUUUUACUCGUAUCUUUUCACGUAAUUAAGAUUAUUAGUUAAAGUGUUUUAUUACGCCGUUUGGACAAUGGAGAUUUUUAUUUAAUUCGGUGUCUAAAUUCUAUGGAAUACGUUUGCCUACCACAGAAGCCAAAUAACAGUAUCCACAGUUGAGAAGUAUGUGUAGAGAUGAAGAGAUGUGACGCGUGCCGUGUCCGUUCAGAACGGAGGACGGAGGAGAGAGCGGACCACACGGGAGACAGAGACCCGCUCAUAGACACAACUGUCCCUCAGGAGGAGUCUUACGAUAGCCAAAAUUUAUCGUGCGGCAUCUGCGCCAUGUUCCCGUCGUGCAUGUCGCUGCUGUCGCGGCGCGGGGAGCAGCGCGCGCCGCGCCCCGGACAGGCGGCCGUCGUCCUCAACGUCUACGACAUGUACUGGACCAACUGGUACACGGCGGGAGCGGGCGUAGGGGUGUUUCACAGUGGCGUGCAGGUUCACGGCUCGGAGUGGGCGUACGGCGGGCAUCCGUACGCCUUCACCGGCGUCUUCGAGAUCACGCCACGAGACGAGCGGGAACUAGGCGAACAAUUUCGUUUCAGACAAAGUGUGCACAUAGGUUAUACGGACUUCAGCGAAGACGAAGUGAGACGGCUGGUAGCAGAGCUAGGCAAGCAGUUCCGCGGUGACAGGUACCAUUUAAUGAACAACAACUGCAAUCAUUUCACCUCAGCGUUUUGUUUGGCGCUAUGCGACCACGACAUCCCCGCCUGGGUGAACCGGCUCGCGUACGUGAGCUCGUGCGUCCCCUUCCUGCAGCGGUGUCUGCCCAAAGAGUGGCUGACUCCGGCGGCGCUGCAGCAGUCGCUGGCGGCGCACUCGCGUUCCUCCUCGCCACAGACGCCACAAUAGCAUCAAUAUGUACUGCACAGUUGCAGAUAAGCAGUCAGAAGUGUUGUGCGAACUAAUACAUACUAGAGUUAAAAUUAGCUAGUACUUGGUUUGGCGCAUUGUCGAUGGUUACUAGAGAGGCGGAGUUGCACGCCGUUGAAAUAAAAACUUUUAGUCGAUUUUCUCUAUGUCAUGUUUAAAAAAUCGACUAAAAAAACAUUGUGGCUUAAAACGGUUUUGACGCGACUCCGGCCUUUGUUAUAUUAAUCUAAUUAUAAUUAAAUCCUUGUGCUAAUAAAAACUGAGUUGCCUCUUUCUUUUUCUAGUAUGAGUGAAAGAGAUGGCGCUAUAUUGCUCAGUUUUUUUUAACAGAGGCUAGGUACUUGCAGUAGUGUUGUCCCCCAUUUUAAAGGUUCCUAUUUUAAUGUGGAACUUGUAUUUAACGAAUAUUUAAAAAUUAACUUGUAAAGGAAUUGAUCGUUUACGUGGUUACCUUAACUAAUUGUAAUAUUAUUUCUAAUCUGGAAAUUAUAUCUGAAGUCUAUUUCGUUAAUAAUUAAGAUUGCGUGAUAAAAGACAAACUUUUAUUCGAUUACGGAUCAUUUAUUUAACAUUUAAAAUUAAGCCUUAACAAGUUUUCAUUCUACAUUAAAAAUAUUUUUCAUUCAUAAAACUCUCAUAAUUUAUUACUUUUAAUUUUUUCAAAAUUUUCAUUUCUAGCCAACUCAUUAAAUUUUUAUAAGAAUAUCGGGUUUAUAUAUAAAAUACG